GUUCUCUCUACCUCGCGCACAAUCUGCCACGGCCUUUGAAACGCUAUAUAAAGUGACAAACUUCCUCGGUGACUCGGUAUUAGCGUUAACACUGUAUCACGAUACAACCGGCUGUUGCUUUCUCGUUGGUUCUUGGACUCGGUCUACGUGGAGUCACGAACAAUAUCACGAUAACAUCUCAACAAUAUCAAUCAUUUGAAGAGGUUGGUCAAUCAUAAAUAUGAAACGUCUCGUCGGACUAAUUUGUAUGAUACUAGUUAUGAAUCUUCGAGAUUCUACGGCUCUUCGAAUGGGAUCAACGGAUUACGAAGACAUGUCCUUCUGGAUGAAGUCCGGACAAGAGACUCUUCAAAGGAUCUUGGCUCAUCGAGACAUCGAGAAACGUGCGAAAAAUGUGAUCAUAUUUAUCGGCGAUGGAAUGGGCUUUAGCACUAUAACAGCUGGCCGAAUUUGGACAGGACAGUCGAAGGGUUACUCCGGCGAAGAGUACAAACUCGUUUUCGAGGAUUUCCCCAGUACUGGCCUUUCCAAGACAUACAACGUUGAUAUGCAAGUACCAGAUUCAGCAGGCACAGCCACGGCGAUGUUUUCCGGUGUAAAAUGCCGAUAUCGUGUUAUCGGAUACGAUGCUAAUGCACAUUAUAAUCAUUGCGAUAUAGCGAUCAAUCAAUUGAGUAAAUUAACCACAAUCGCCGAUUGGGCUCAGGAAAGUGAUAUGGACACAGGUUUUGUCACUACGACUCGUGUCACUCAUGCGACUCCAGCUGGACUCUAUGCUCACGUGAAUAAUCGUGAUUGGGAAUGCGAUACGGAGAUUCCACAGCAGUACCGAGAAUGCACAAAAGACAUAGCGAGGCAGCUUGUCGAGGAUGCACCAGGAAAUGGUUUGAAGGUGAUAAUGGGCGGAGGAGCUCAACAUAUGGGGAUGACUGGACGAAAGUUCGACAAAGGUACCUGUGUCAGAAACGACGGUAGGAACUUGGCUGAGACCUGGUUGCAAAAUAAUCCCGACGGGAAGCUGGUAACCGAACUUGACGAACUUAUGUCUGUAGACAUUGGAAGUACCAGUAAGAUCAUGGGAAUCUUUGCACCUAGUCACUUGCCUUAUCGCGCAGAAGAGAAUAAGUCAGUUCCGUCCUUAGCUAACAUGACGAUGCAAGCUAUUAGAUUGCUGAGAAAAAAUAAAAAUGGAUUUCUUUUGAUGGUCGAAGGUGGAAAAAUCGACGUAGCGCAUCACCAAAAUUAUGCACAAUUGGCACUUCACGAACUAUCCGAAUUCGAAGAUGCUGUGAGCGUUGCUUUAAAACAAGUCAAACUGGACGAGACUUUGAUAAUAGUUACCGCUGAUCAUUCUCAUUCUUUCACGAUGAAUGGCUAUCCUGAUAGAGGCAACGACAUACUUGGUUUAGCAAAUAACAUAGCUAAUACGGAUAAUCAAAGAUAUGAGACACUUAGCUACGCUAAUGGUCCAGGCUUUUUUUAUCAUCGUCGAAACGACAGUGAAAAUGUUAAUGAUACUUGGAAAAAUUUGGAAGAGGACAGCAAUCGUGAUAAUAUAUUUUACAGGCACAUGGCUGCUCAGUACCUGAAAGACGAUACACAUGGUGGCGAAGACGUUGGAGUUUACGCUAUUGGUCCUUACUCCCAUCUCUUUCGCAGUACAUUCGAACAAAACUAUAUAGCUCAUGUGAUAGCUUACGCGGCUUGUUUUAAAGACUGGCCAUCGCACUGCGAUAGCGCGUACACUCGAUACUUUUAUGAAUUAUCGAACACAAGAGGACGAUCAACGGCAUCUAAUUUUGUUCCUCCUACGUACGCGAUAUUCGUGAUACUUAUUUUAAUGUCAAUUUUGAUGAGGCCUUGAUAAACGAUUAACUCCCUCGCUCAUAGCAAUCAGCACAGAGUACUACAUUUUUCUCCAUUCAAAAUGUAUCAAAGAAUUCACGUAACUAACGUAUUUAUCAUUAUUAUUUAUUUUUAUCAAGAAAUUUAUAUUUAUAUUUUAUUACCAAACUUUGCGAACAUUUUAAAUGGGUUUCCGUCAAAGUUGAAAAUAAACAAUUGUUGUUUGCUCGUCAAAAGGAAAUAAUUGAUUUUUAUUUCAUAUCUGUGACGUAGUUCUUUCAUUGUCGACAGGAGAAAAAUGUUAGACAAUUGUUGAUUCUAUGCUAAAAUUCAUCCAACGAGGCCAAAUAUCAACAUUGUGAUUCUUAUAUUGUUAAUAUAUGUAAUAUUUAUUAAACGGUACUGAUAGUAUUCAACACUUGAAUGUAUUACAUUUUAAAAUAGUUUUAUAGUAUAAGUGGAAACGAGAAAUUUAAUACAUAUUCACUAUGCGAUAUUCACUAUGCGAUACUCACACAUACGUCCACAUGUAUUUAUUGUAAACAUUUUUUACAAAUUGACAAUAUUACAGAAUAAUGGAAAAUCGCCUGAAAUUUUCAAAAUUGCGUCUUAAUUCGUAAUGAUAUUUCCAUACUGUACUAUCUUUAUUUUAUUUCUCCAAAUACAAGUCCUUUUUUUCUCA